UAUAGUUACAAUUACGGGCACUUCAGAACCCACCCAUAUCACAUUCAACAUGGAGCGUCACCAGCAGUAUCAAAUGCCAAAAGAGUUCCCAAGUUAAAUUUAGAAAGCCUGGGACAAUGUCAAUCAAGCAUACAAGCAUUGGCCAAAGCUUUUGUCCUUUCAAUGGUACGAGUGAUGUUUUAAGGCGCACUGCUGUUAUCCCUGUACUUGCAAGACCGGGGUUCUGUAAAUCUGUGGAAUCUCUGAAUAAUUUCAGUUUCCCAUAUCUGGAGAAAGGUUUUGGAAGGAGUUUAACGAAUGAUGCGAUUUUCCAUAAGAGGUAUGUUUCUUAUGUCCGGAAAGUGGAAACUAGAAAUGAUACUGUGAAUGCCGUAGAUGGAAAGCAUGAUAAGUCUACUCUGGGCUUCAAGAGUUCUAAUAAACACAAGAAACGGGCAAAAGCUUUUAUUGUUCAUGGCAAAGAUAGAGAUGUAACUUCUGGUACCUCUGUUUCGAAAGAUGUAGAUCUGUUAACUUCAAGAAAGUGUCUAGUUGAAGACAAGGGAUUGUCGACAUCAGCAACACCUGCUAAUAGUAAACAGGACUCUAAACUCAAUGGAAGAAAGAAGUCAGGAAGUAAAAAGAACAAGAAUUCUGUUAACAAUUCAUCGGAAGAGGUUGCUGGUGCACAGGAUUCUAUAAAUUCUUCUGAAGCAAAUGCAUCGCAUCUUUUUGCUACGGGCCAGAGCUCCUCACGUAUUUCAAAGAAGAAUUCAACAAAGACUGCAUCAGAAGAAGAACUUGAUAAACCUGCUUCUAAGAAGAAAUUGUCAAAGAAAAAAGGUGGGAGUUCCAGUGAGAAAGGGAAAUCGAUGAAGGCUACUAGUGAGUCAAAGCAGGAAGUGAUCAAUGAAGUGAAACUUCCAGAGAAAAUUACUGUCAAGCCGCUAUAUCCUCCCACUGGAAAGACUGUGGUUGUUGUGGAGUCUGUUACGAAGGCAAAGGUUAUUCAACGUUACCUUGGUAAUAUGUAUGAAGUCCUGCCAAGCUAUGGUCAUGUAAGGGAUUUGGCUGGAAGGUCUGGAUCUGUACGCCCUGAUGAUGAUUUUAGCAUGGUGUGGGAGGUCCCAGCUCCUGCCUGGACCCAUCUUAAGAGCAUCAAAGUCACACUAAGCGGAGCAGAAAAUCUUAUUCUUGCAUCAGAUCCUGACCGUGAAGGAGAGGCUAUUGCUUGGCACAUUAUUGAGAUGUUAAAACAACAGGAUGCUUUGCAUGAGAAUUUAUCUAUAGCAAGGGUUGUCUUUCAUGAAAUUACUGAACAAUCAAUAAAAGGUGCUUUGCAGUCUCCUCGUAAUGUUGACGUGAAUUUGGUUCAUUCAUACCUGGCACGGCGGGCUCUUGAUUAUUUGAUUGGCUUUAACAUUUCACCGUUACUAUGGAGGAAGCUACCUGGCUGCCAAUCAGCAGGGAGAGUCCAAUCUGCUGCACUUUCUCUCAUAUGCGAUAGAGAAUUGGAAAUUGAUGAAUUUAAACCACAAGAGUAUUGGACUGUAGUGGCCCAAUUGAACAAGGAUUAUACUUUUCAUGCGCACUUAACUCAUUUUGAUUCACUAAAGUUGAAUCAAUUUUCAAUUACCUCUAAUACUCAGGCAACAGACAUUGAAAACAAAAUAAAAUCAGUGGAUUUUCAGGUUAUUAACGUGAAAAGAAAUAAAAUUCGAAGAAACCCUCCAACACCUUAUAUAACAUCUACUCUUCAGCAAGAUGCUGCAAACAAGUUGCAUUUCUCAGCAAGUUACACAAUGAAGCUUGCUCAGAAACUCUAUGAGGGAGUUGAACUAUCUGAUGGCAAAGCAGUGGGUUUGAUAACAUAUAUGAGGACUGAUGGAUUGCAUAUUUCUGAUGAAGCUGUCUCUAGUAUACGUUCACUAAUCAUUGAAAGGUAUGGUCGAGAUUUUGCCUCACAACAUGCACGGAAAUAUUUUAAAAAGGUGAAAAAUGCUCAAGAGGCCCAUGAAGCCAUUAGGCCUACUGAUAUACGCAGAUUACCAUCAAUGUUUGUUGGGAUGCUGGACGAAGAUUCCUUGAGGCUAUACUCUCUUAUUUGGUCAAGAACAGUUGCGUGUCAGAUGGAAAAUGCUGUUUUUGAUCAGAUACAACUUGAUAUUGGAAAUGCCAGUGAGUCCAUUGUGUUUCGAUCUGCAAGCUCAAGGGUUGAUUUCCCUGGAUAUCAGGCAGUGUUUAAGGAUUUUGUUGUAGGACACUGAGGCCGAGGGAUUCAAAAUAAAAUAAGUGAUGAAUCAGACCGUGAUGAAGCUUUUGGGGUUCUAAAUGCAUUGAAGCCAGGGGAUCCAAUACAUCUUGUUCAAACAGAAAUUAUGCAGCACUUUACACAACCUCCACCACGUUAUUCUGAAGCAUCAUUGGUUAAGAAGCUUGAGGAGCUUGGGAUUGGGAGACCUUCAACAUAUGCAACCACAUUGAAGGUUUUACAGGACAGAAACUAUGUGACAGUAAAAAACCGUGUUCUUCAUCCAGAAUUCCGUGGUCGCAUGGUUUCGGCUUUUCUGUCUCAUCAUUUUUCAGAGGUCACAGACUAUAGUUUCACUGCCGAUAUGGAGACAGAGCUUGAUAAUGUCUCUGCUGGAAUAACUGAAUGGAAAGGCCUCCUUAGAGAUUAUUGGACUCGCUUUAAAUCAUAUUGUGAGCGUGCUGCUAAUGUUCAUAUUCAUCAGGUGGAGAAGAUGUUGGAAAAAAAAUUUGGGGAUUUUUUAUUUGGUUCCCUACCAGAUCAGAGCAGGGCAUGCCCAAAUUGUUUGGAAGGCACCUUGAUUUUGAAAGUGAGUAGGUUUGGUGCUGGCUACUUUAUAGGUUGUGACCAACAUCCAAAAUGCAAGUAUAUUGCUAAAACAUUAUAUGGCGAGGAUGAGGAAGAAGUUAUCGAUCAAAAUAACACUAAAAUAGAAGAGCCAAAAGUCCUUGGUAUUCACCCUGGAUCAAAUGAAAAGGUUCUUCUGAAAACUGGUCCUUACGGAAAUUAUGUGCAGCUUGGAGAAGAUAGGAAGGGAUACUUACCUAAAAGGGCCUCUGUCUCUCAUAUAAAGGAUACAGGCUCUAUCACUCUAGAAGGUGCGGUAGAGUUGCUGCGAUACCCAUUGACCUUGGGUAACCAUCCAAAGGAUGGACAGCCGGUCAUAUUGAAGCAUGCCAGAGUUGGGUUUGCUGUCCGACAUCGACGAACGACAGCUUCUCUCCCAAAGAAUGUGAAGCCCAACGAUGUCACUCUGGAGAAAGCACUUGAAUAUUUGUCAAGUAAAGAUGUGAGAUUAUCUGGUCGACCGAAAAGCAAGCCGAAGAAGGUUGAGGAAGCUGUCGAAGCUUUCUAAGCAUGCGAGAUUUGCAAUCCUUUUUUGUUGGGUUAUUUUUUAUUUGGUGGGGGGAAUCCUCUGCUACGAUGGGGCCCCCAUCUGAAAUAUAUUCAUUUAUUCUUAAUUAUUUGUAACUAGAAAUGUAAUAUAUAUCGUAAUGGACGUGUCAAAUAUAUUUGUUUUCUUUUUGGUGAUAAAAGGAGUACAAACCAGGCUAUUACACUUUGAAAAAA